AUGUUACUGGCGUUUCCGUAUCUUUACGACUGGGCGACAGCAUAUCUCGAGGCUAGUCCCACGAUGACCUACAUCUCGCUAGCACCUGGCCUCAACGAAGUCGUCACUGCAAACCCUAAGAACCUCGAGCACAUUCUCAAGACCAAUUUCGCCAACUAUCCUAAGGGUCCGAACUUCCAGACCAACUUCGAAGACCUUCUUGGGCACGGCAUAUUCAAUAGCGACGAUGACGUGUGGAGGCAGCAGCGCAAGACUGCCAGCCUCGAGUUCUCCCAGAGGUCACUGCGAGACCUCAUGAUGGUGUCCAUCCAAGAAGAGCUCCUCCAACGCUUCAUCCCUACCCUAGAAGUGGCCGCUAUGACGAGAACGCCGGUCGACCUGCAAGAUAUUCUGCUGCGGUACACCUUUGAUAACAUCUGCAGGAUUGGGUUUGGUGUUGACCCUGGUUGUCUUGAGCCGGGCCUUCCUGAAGUCCCGUUUGCACGAGCAUUCGACGAGGCCACAAAGGUUCUUUCGUUUAUUCCAAGAGGGAACGCUUCACGCUGCUGUGAAGGAAAUAUUCUUUUGCAGAAGAUGUUAUUAGAAAUCGGCGCACUGAGUUGGCAAGCGAAAAGAAACAGCAAGCAGUUGAUGGUGCUGAUGAUGCUUCUUGAGAAGGAUGAUGGCGGUCAGCUGUACUCCAAAAGGUUCCUUCGGGAUGUGUGCACGAAUUUCAUUCUUGCUGGAAGAGAUACUUCGUCUGUCCUCAUGACCUGGCUCUUCUGGCUGCUGACGUGGCACCCUACUGUGGAAGAAAAGAUCCUGGCGGAAGUACAAUCAAUUGUUGCUGCACGUGAACGUGACAAGAGCUUUGGUGCAUUUACCUAUGAAGAGCUGAAGCAGAUGAAGUAUGUGCAUGCAGCAAUUGCCGAGUCACUUCGGCUCUAUCCAUCUGUCCCAGCGGAUUUCAAGCACGUUGUGAAGGAUGACGUGCUUCCCGAUGGGACCCACGUCAAGAGUGGUUGGCGGGUGCAGUAUGAGCUCUAUGCAAUGGGUCGCAUGACUCGCAUUUGGGGGCCUGAUGCAAGAGAAUUCAAGCCAGAGCGGUGGUUUGAUAGCAAUGGCGAACUAAUCAAUGAAUCGCCUUUCAAGUUCCCGGCUUUCAAUGCUGGGCCGCGCCUCUGCCUUGGGAGAGACCUUGCCUAUCUUCAG